GGUUUUGAGUCGCUGAAGGGUGGAGUUUGUACCACCGCCUCUAAAGAACGGGACUCGGGAGGGAGUUGAAAAAUCACUAUCUGACAUUUACCAGCAUUUAGAACACCAUUUCUGCUGGGGAAAGGGAUUUAAUUUCGAUAUUUCACCUUUGAAAGCGGGAAAUCUUCGCUGGAAGAGGAACUAAGAGGUGAGUCGAGAUACAAUCCGGGCCAAGAACCCUACAGCGCCAUAACCGACUGGGAGGACAUCUCCCAUUAAGACCAGUUUCUAUCAGGUGUAACGGCGGUGGAAACGGAGAGCGGCAGUCAUGGUGGCCCUGUCACUUAAGAUUGGCGUGGGGAACGUGGUGAAGACCAUGCAGUUUGAGCCCUCCACCAUGGUGUACGACGCCUGUCGAAUGAUCAGGGAAAGAGUUCCCGAGGCACAGCUGGGCCAGCCCAAUGACUAUGGUCUGUUCCUGUCUGAUGAGGACCCCAAGAAAGGCAUCUGGCUGGAGGCAGGCAAGGCCCUGGACUACUACAUGCUGAGGAAUGGGGACACUCUGGAGUACAAGAAGAAGCAGAGGCCCUUGAAGAUCCGCAUGCUGGACGGGACAGUGAAAACCGUCAUGGUGGACGACUCCAAGAUCGUCAGCGACAUGCUUAUGACCAUCUGUGCCAGGAUAGGUAUCACAAACUAUGACGAGUACUCGUUGGUGCACGACAUGGUUGAGGAGAAGAAGGAGGAGAUGACGGGGACUCUGACAAGACGGGACAAGACUCUGAUGAGAGACGACAAGAAGAUGGAGAAACUUAAGCAGAAACUCCACACAGAUGACGAGUUGAACUGGCUGGACCAUGGGCGGACGCUGAGGGAGCAGGGUGUGGAGGAGACCGAGAUGCUGCUCCUCAGGAGGAAGUUCUUCUACUCAGACCAGAACGUGGACUCACGAGACCCGGUCCAGCUCAACCUGCUCUACGUCCAGGCCCGUGAUGACAUUUUGAACGGCUCCCAUCCCGUCUCCUUCGAGAAGGCCUGCGACUUUGCCGGAUACCAGUGUCAGAUCCAGUUUGGUGACCACAACGAGACCAAGCACAAACCAGGCUUUCUAGAUUUGAAAGAGUUCCUCCCUAAAGAGUACAUCAAGAACAAAGGGGAGAAAAGAAUCUUCCAGGCACACAAAAACUACCAAAACAUGACUGAAAUUGAGGCCAAAGUCAGCUACGUCAAACUGGCUAGGUCUCUGAAAACCUACGGAGUGUCAUUCUUCCUAGUAAAGGAGAAAAUGAAGGGUAAGAACAAGCUGGUCCCUCGUCUGCUGGGAAUCACCAAGGAGUGUGUCAUGCGGGUAGACGAGAAGACCAAGGAGGUGAUCCAGGAGUGGAACCUCACCAACAUCAAACGCUGGGCUGCCUCGCCCAAGAGCUUCACCCUGGACUUUGGCGAUUAUCAAGACGGUUACUACUCUGUCCAGACGACUGAGGGAGAGCAGAUCGCCCAACUGAUCGCUGGUUACAUUGACAUCAUUCUGAAAAAGAAAAAGAGCAAGGACCACUUUGGCUUAGAGGGAGAUGAGGAGUCCACCAUGUUGGAGGAUUCUGUGUCACCUAAAAAGUCUACAGUGCUGCAGCAGCAGUUCAACAAGGUGGGGAAGGUGGAGACUGGCUCUGUGGCCCUGCCAGCCAUCAUGCGUUCAGGGGCCGGGGGCCCCGAGAGCUUCCAGAUGGGCUCCAUGCCUCAGGCCAAGCAGCACAUCACCAGCGGACAGAUGCACAGGGGCCACAUGCCCCCGCUGACAUCAGCCCAGCAGGCCCUGACUGGCACCAUCAACUCCAGCAUGCAGGCGUUGCAGGCUGCCCAGGCCUCGCUGGAGGAGUUUGACACCCUGCCUCCCCUCGGGACAGACGCGGCCUCCCAAGCCUGGCGUAAGAACAAGAUGGACGAGUCCAAACACGAGAUCCACUCCCAGGUUGACGCCAUCACAGCCGGGACGGCCUCUAUGGUCAAUCUCACCGCAGGCGACCCAGCAGAGACAGACUACACUGCGGUGGGCUGUGCCGUGACCACCAUCUCCUCCAACCUAACGGAGAUGUCCAAGGGGGUCAAGCUGCUCGCCGCCCUCAUGGAGGAUGAGGGAGGCAACGGAAACCAGUUGUUGGGGGCUGCCAAGAACCUGGCGUGUGCCGUGUCCGACAUGCUGAAGACCGCCCAGCCAGCCAACACUGAGCCCCGUCAGAACCUUCUGCAGGCUGCAGGCAACGUGGGCCAGGCCAGUGGCGAGCUGCUGUCUCACAUCGGAGAGACGGACGCCGACCCCCGCUUUCAGGACAUGCUUAUGCAGCUGGCUAAAGCCGUGGCUAACGCCGCCGCCGCUCUGGUGCUCAAAGCAAAGAACGUGGCCCAAAAGACAGAGGACUCUGCACUCCAGAACCGCGUCAUCGCCGCAGCGACCCAAUGUGCCCUAUCCACCUCCCAACUGGUGGCUUGCACCCGGGUGGUCGCUCCCACCAUCAGCUCUCCUGUGUGCCAGGAGCAGCUGAUUGAGGCAGGCAAGCUGGUUGCCAAAUCGGUGGAUGGCUGCGUGGAUGCGUCGCAGGGCGCCACCAGCGACGAGGGGCUCCUCAAGCAGGUGGGCGCCGCUGCCACAGGCGUCACCCACGCCCUCAACGAGCUCCUGCAGCACAUCAAGCAGUACGCCCACGGAGGCCAGCCCAUAGGGCGCCACGGAGAGGCCACCGACCGCAUCCUGGACGUCACCGAGAACAUCUUCAGCUCCAUGGGAGAUGCCGGUGAGAUGGUGCGUCAGGCCCGCAUCCUUGCCCAGGCCACCUCGGACCUGGUCAACGCCAUCAAGAUGGACGCAGAGGGCGAGUCGGACCUGGAGAAUUCCCGCAAGCUGCUGUCAGCUGCCAAGCUCUUGGCAGACGCCACGGCCAAAAUGGUGGAGGCUGCAAAGGGCGCAGCCGCCAACCCGGACAGUGAGGAGCAGCAGCAGAGACUGAGGGAGGCAGCAGAGGGCCUACGCAUGGCCACCAACGCGGCUGCCCAGAAUGCCAUCAAGAAGAGGCUGGUCAACAAGCUGGAGAAUGCAGCCAAGCAGGCCGCCGCGGCCGCCACUCAGACUAUAGCCGCCGCCCAACACGCCGCCUCGUCCAAUAAGAACCCAGCAGCCCAGCAGCAGCUCGUCCAGAGCUGCAAGGUGGUGGCAGACCAGAUUCCUCAGCUGGUCCAGGGAGUGCGUGGAAGCCAGUCCCAGCCCGACAGCCCCAGUGCCCAGCUCACCCUCAUCGGGGCCGGCCAGAAUUUCCUCCUGCCUGGUGCCAAGAUGGUGACGGCUGCCAAGGCCACAGUACCUACCAUUGGUGACCAGGCCUCUGCCAUGCAACUCAGCCAAUGUGCCAAGAACCUGGCCACUGCCCUUGCAGAGCUCCGCACGGCCGCACAGAAGGCACAGGAAGCAUGUGGUCCUCUGGAGAUCGACAAUGCUCUGACGGUGGUCCGAGGCCUGGAGAAAGACAUGGUGGAGGCCAAGGCUUCAGCUGGUGAUGGCAAACUCAAACCCCUGCCCGGAGAGACGCUGGAGAAGUGCUCUCAGGACGUGGGCAACAGCACUAAGGCUGUGAGCUCUGCCAUCGCCCAGCUGCUGAGUGAGGCCACCCAGGGCAACGAGAACUACACAGGUAUGGCAGCCAGAGACGUGGCUCAGGCAUUGCGCGCUCUGGCCUCGGCCGCCCGUGGAGUUGCCGCGACGACCGCCGACCCUCAGGCCCGCAACGCCAUGCUGGACUGCGCUGGUGACGUUAUGGACAAGUCGGCCAAUCUGAUCGAAGAGACCAAGAGAGCCAUUGCCAAGCCAGGAGAUCCUGACAGCCAGCAGAGACUGGCACAGGUGGCCAAGGCUGUAUCCCAGGCCCUGAACAGGAGUGUGAACUGCCUGCCUGGACAGAGGGAUGUGGACAACGCUAUAAGAACAGUCGGAGAGGCCAGUAAGAAACUACUGGCCAAUUCUUUCCCGCCCAGUGGGAAGAGUUUCCAGGAGGCGCAGGUCAACCUGAACCAGGCUGCAGCUGGUCUCAACCAGUCAGCCAAUGAGCUGGUCCAGUCGUCCAGGGGCACCACCCAGGACCUGGCCAAGGCCACUGGCAAGUUCGGCCAUGACUUCGGAGAUUUCCUGGAUGCCGGCGUGGACAUGGCCGGCCAGUCACAGAACAAGGAGAACCAGACGCAGGUGGUGUCCAACCUCAAGACCAUCUCCAUGUCGUCCAGUAAGCUGCUGCUCGCCGCCAAGGUCCUGUCCACAGACCCCAACUCCCCCAACCUCAAGAACCAACUGGCAGCCGCCGCUCGUGCCGUCACUGACAGUAUCAACCAGCUCAUCACCAUGUGUACCCAGCAGGCCCCGGGCCAGAAGGAGUGUGACAAUGCUCUCCGGGAGCUCGAGACUGUUCGGGGUAUGCUUCAGAACCCCACCGAGGCGGUCAGUGACCUCUCCUACUUUGACUGCAUCGACAGUGUCAUGGAGAACUCCAAGGUCCUGGGGGAAGCCAUGGCUGGAAUCUCCCACAACGCUAAGAACAGCAAUCUGCCUGAGUUUGGGGACUCUGUCAGCUCUGGCUCUAAAGCCCUGUGUGGCCUUACUGAAGCAGCUGCCCAGGGUGCCUACCUGGUUGGAGUGUCAGACCCUAAAAGCCACGCGGGCCAGAAGGGGUUGGUGGACCCUGGCCAGUUUGCCCGUGCCAACCAGUCCAUCCAGAUGGCAUGCCAGAACCUGGUGGAUCCGGCUUGCACCCAGUCCCAGGUCCUCUCUGCCGCCACCAUCGUGGCCAAGCACACUUCGGCGCUGUGCAACGCCUGUCGCCUGGCCUCCUCCAAAACAGCCAACCCUGUUGCCAAGCGACAGUUUGUCCAGUCUGCUAAGGAGGUGGCCAACAGCACAGCCAAUCUGGUCAAGUCCAUCAAAGCUCUGGAUGGAGCGUUUAACCAGCAGAACAGAGAGAAGUGUAGGGUCGCCACAGGGCCCCUGAUAGAAGCUGUGGAUAACCUCACCGCCUUCGCCUCCAACCCAGAGUUCGCCAGCGUGCCCGCUCAGAUCAGCGCUGAGGGCCUGGCAGCGAUGGAGCCCAUCGUGGCUGCAGCUAAGACCAUGCUGGAGAGCUCCACAGGUCUGAUCCAGACCGCUCGCUCCCUGGCCGUCAACCCCAAAGACCCCCCCAAGUGGUCAGUGCUGGCCGGACACUCCAGGACCGUUUCCGACUCCAUCAAGAAACUUAUCACCAACAUGAGAGACAAAGCCCCAGGCCAGAGGGAGUGUGACGAGGCCAUUGAGGUGCUGAACAACUGUAUUCGGGAGGUGGACCAGGCCUCCCUGGCAGCCAUCAGCCAGCAGCUCACCCCAAGAGAGGACAUCUCCCAGGAGGCUUUGCAUGAGCAGCUGGCAGCUUCGGUCCAGGAGAUCAGCAAUCUGAUAGAGCCGGUGGCCAUCGCAGCCCGCUCUGAGGCUUCCCAUCUGGGACACAAGGUGUCUCAGAUGGUGAGCUAUUUCGAGCCCCUCAUCAUGGCAGCCAUCGGCACGGCCAGUAAGAUUCAGAGCAGCCAACAGCAGAUGGCAGUGUUGGACCAGACCAAGACGCUGACAGAGUCAGCCCUGCAGAUGCUCUACACGGCCAAGGAGGCUGGAGGAAACCCCAAGGCGGCCCACACCCAGGAGGCUCUGGAGGAGUCUGUCCAGAUGAUGAAGGAGGCGGUAGACGACUUAGGCGCCACCCUGUCGGAGACGGCCAGCGCUGCGGGCGCCCUGGGCGGCAUGGUGGACUCCAUCACCGCCGCCAUCAACAAGAUGGAGGAGAGCCCUGCGGGCGAGCCCGAUGGCUCCUUUGUGGAUUACCAGACUACCAUGGUGAAGACUGCCAAAGCCAUCGCCGUCACCGUGCAGGAGAUGGUGACUAAGUCCAACACCAACCCAGAUGACUUGGGAGGUCUGGCCAGCGAGCUUACUAAUGAGUUUGGAGAGCUAGCCACCGAGGCCAAAUACGCUGCCAUCACUGCAGAGAACGACGAGAUUGGUUCCCACAUCAAGAAGCAGGUUGGGGAGCUCGGCUUCAACUGUACUGGGCUGGUGACUAAGGCCGGAGCUCUACAGUGUAGUCCCAACGACUCCUUCACCAAGAAGGAGCUGAUCGACAGCGCACGCAAGGUCUCCGAGAAGGUGUCUCAUGUGCUGGCGGCCCUUCAGGCUGGUAACCGUGGCACCCAGGCCUGCAUCACAGCAGCCAGUACCGUGUCGGGCAUCAUCGCCGACCUGGACACCACCAUCAUGUUCGCCACCGCCGGCACGCUCAACCGUGAGAACUCGGAAACCUUCGCCGACCACAGAGAGCACAUCCUAAAGACAGCCAAGGCGCUGGUGGAGGACACCAAGCUGCUGGUCUCUGGUGCCGGGGCCAGCCAGGAGAGACUGGCCCAGGCUGCCCAGUCCUCCGUCAUCACCAUCACCAAACUGGCCGACGUGGUAAAACUGGGCGCCGCCAGCCUGGGCGCAGAGGACCCCGAGACACAGGCUCUUUUUUCUUCGCAUGGGACAGAUCUCUGUACAAAUGUGGUCCUGAUCAACGCUGUCAAAGACGUUGCCAAGGCUCUGAGUGACCUCAUCAGCGCUACCAAGGCCGCUGCAGGCAAGCCUCACGACGACCCUGCCAUGCUGCAGCUGAAGAACUCUGCCAAGGUGAUGGUGACCAAUGUGACGUCACUCCUGAAGACAGUGAAGGCAGUGGAGGACGAGGCCACCAAGGGCACACGGGGACUGGAGGCCACCAUUGAACACAUCAAACAGGAACUGGCUGUGUUCAGCAAUGGCGAUCCUCCCCCCAAGACGUCCACUCCAGAGGAUUUCAUCCGCAUGACCAAAGGCAUCACCCAGGCAACAGCCAAAGCAGUGGCUGCUGGGAACUCGUGUCGCCAGGAGGACGUCAUCGCUACGGCCAACCUGAGCAGGAGGGCCAUCGCCGACAUGCUGCACUCGUGCAAGCAAGCCGCCUACCACCCAGAGGUCAGCAAGGAAGUUCAGAACCGGGCCCUGCGCUAUGGAAACGAGUGUGCCUUGGGCUACCUGGGACUGCUGGAGCAUGUGCUAGUGAUCAUCCAGAAGCCCAGCCACGAGCUCAAGCAGCAGUUGGCUAACUACUCCAAGCGCGUGGCAGGCUCCGUCACCGAGCUCAUCCAGGCCGCCGAGGCCAUGAAGGGAACGGAAUGGGUGGACCCCGAGGACCCCACGGUCAUCGCUGAGAACGAGCUUCUGGGAGCUGCUGCUGCCAUUGAAGCAGCCGCCAGGAAACUGGAGCUGCUGAGGCCCCGCACCAAACCCAAGGAAGCGGACGAGAGCCUGAACUUCGAGGAGCAGAUCCUGGAGGCGGCCAAAUCGAUCGCAGCCGCCACCAGUGCUCUGGUCAAAGCUGCCUCAGCCGCCCAGAGGGAACUGGUGGCCCAAGGGAAGGUCGGUGCCUGCCCAGCCAAUGCAGUGGAUGAUGGACAGUGGUCUCAAGGUCUCAUUUCAGCCGCCCGAAUGGUUGCUGCAGCGACCAGCAACCUGUGCGAGGCGGCCAACUCGGCGGUGCAGGGCCACGCCAGCGAGGAGAAGCUCGUCAGCUCGGCCAAGCAGGUGUCUGCCUCCACUGCCCAGCUCCUGGUGGCCUGCAAGGUCAAGGCUGACCAGGACUCCCAGACCAUGAAGAGGCUACAGGCUGCCGGAAAUGCUGUUAAGAGGGCCUCCGAUAGCCUGGUGAAGGCGGCACAGAAAGCAGCCUUUGAUGCCCAAGACGAGCAGGCCGUGGUUGUUAAGAGCAAGAUGGUGGGCGGCAUUGCUCAGAUCAUUGCUGCCCAGGAGGAAAUGCUGAGGAAGGAGAGGGAGUUGGACGAGGCCAGAAAGAAGCUGGCCACCAUCCGACAGCAGCAGUACAAGUUCCUGCCCUCCGAGCUCAGGGAGGACGGGCAGGAGCAGUGAUGAAACGUGUACACACACACACACAUAUGCAUAUACAGCGAAGACAAAUCCGAUGUUCAGGGGCUACAUCCCCAGGCUAUAUUAGAGCAAAGAGGAAAACGAAGAGGUAUUAUGCUUGAAGAGGAGCAAUAUUAGGGUGAGAUAAUUAAAGGGGUAAAAGGUGAAAGCUGUAUUAGGAUGUUUAUUUUAAGUGUAUUUUUUUUCUUAGAUUUAUUUGUCACGUUCAAGAGCGUUAGAGUGCCACUGGUUUUGUUUUUGGAUAAUGCUAUAAAAAAAAUCUAUAUAUAUGCAUCCAAGUCUUUGAGGUAAUCCUUGAUAGUUUGUGAUUUAAAUGAGCGUUUAGGUCCUGUUCACUGCCGAUUCACCGUUUUGAUUAAAUUCACAUCCUCCUGCCAAUAACUGAUAUUUGCCUUUACACUAGCAUGCCAUUAUUUUAGUGAGCACAAGAACCAUCUGUUUGCCGGUGUCUGUUUUCUGUUUGUUUUUUUUGGAUUAGAAAAAUGCAGUCACCAAAAGGUGGGCUUACAGCGAGUACAUGUUGAGACCCCACUUGACUGACCAAUGAUUUCAACUGGCCAGGGUGAAUGGUAAGAGACGGUCGGUCGGUCACCGUACAACACAGAGCUCAGCUACUGUGGCUUUGGUCAGAUCCCAAAGAAGACAUCGUUUAACAAGAAUGUGUGUUGUCUUUUUAUUUCAACCAAUGAAAUGUACCUGUAUUUUGUUGCAAUUUGGACCAGAGGUGCAAUGAUUUACUUUGCGAUUAAACAAUUCAUAGAGAGAAAACACAUAUUUUUUUCUUUUUAAGAGAAAUAAAUGCUAUGAAAUGUGUUACAAAUGGUAUCUUCUAUUACAUUUAUAUGUUAAUAAAGUAUAUGUGAGUAUUUGUUUGUGUCAUCAUAUGAACUUUUGGACCUGAUAUUCUCUGUGUUUGAAGCUCAUAAAGCCAUACUUUGCUUUCUUCAGGACAUUGUUUUGAAUCAUGAAUGGCUGUUCCUUCGGGUGCUAUUGAGUGGUUAAAAUCUUUAUCAGAUGUUGACUGUGUAAUAUGCAUCUAAUAGCCAACUGUAACCAGUAGAUCUUUAGAAACAAAUUUAGAUAUGUAUUUUGGGGUAAUUUCUCUUGUCGCAGUACAAUCCUAUGAUGGCCAUUGUAUGCAAAGGAUAAUGUGUCCAGUGUUGUUGUUAUUGACCAUCAUGUACCCUGAAUUGCCAGCCUAUUUCACAUUGUCAGAGGCCUCCUUGUAACCUAACCUUCUUUCAACAUAUCAAUGAGUCAAAAAGUGCCUGCUAUAUGUAUUUUACAACCAAUUGUAUUUAACUGUUAACGUUUUCUCAUCUUCAAGUGCACUUAUCCAUUUGUUUAACUUAACAACACUUCAUAUAAAUCCACUCUUUUACAAACAUUUGUUUUCUCUUUUCUCUUAAUCAAAAUAGUUGGAUAGAAAACAACUGUUAAGUUGCCUAUGUGUUGAUUACAAACAUAUCGGGAAAGCCUAACUUGAGUGUUUUUUUCUUUUCAUUUUCUAAUUGUUUUGUUGACCUUUCUGAUUUUGAUACUAUAUACAUGUAUUAACAGUGCUAUGGGAUCACCAUCUCAAUAGUAUUGUAAAAGAGAUUUAUGGUCAAUAAAGCUGGUUUUCCCUGAGAA